AUGAGAAGAACGUACGCUCUAUACUUUUCACUUUUCUGGCUUGUCAUUUCUGUCAUUAUUAUACGAAUAAACAACUGCUCUUCUUACUUUUUCGGUUUUUUCUUCGGAAGAACUUCGCUAAUUGAACUUUCCCCAAAAAAAACGCUUGAAGGUUUUGUUGGAGGCCUCAUAUUUACCCUUCUUGUUACCUUCUUGGCUGCUGGGACACUUGCUAAAUAUGACUACUUUGUUUGUCCCGUAGAAGAAAUGAGUUUACUUCCAAAUUAUGAUUUCCAUUGUGAAAGACAUGAUCGUUUCAUCCCUUAUCGCUUCUCUAUCCCGGCCGUUUUUCCUUUUUCGUUGUUAGACCACGUAGAUUUAUAUCCCGUACAACUGGAUGCUCUGGUCUUAUCGCUGUUCGGUUCCGUCGUAGCUCCUUUUGGCGGAUUUUUUGUGAGCGGGUUUAAGCGCGCCUUUAACGUUAAGGACUUUGACGAUUUGAUUCUUGGAAGAGGCGGUUUAGUAGCAAACUUUGACUCCCAACUUCUUCUAGGAACUUUUACUUAUGUUUACUAUGGCUCGUUUUUUUCAACAAUAGCAAAAGUUAUUGCAAACGUGAAUUCUCUUGUCCUCAACGAUUUGGAUGUCGAGCACCAAAUAAAGCUUUUAAAAGUAAUUGAAAAAAACUUGGAAAAUAAAUAA